GAAUGAGAGAGAAGGGACACGAGGACCAUGAGAUACAUGAUAAAAUAAAUGAAUUUCAUGAGACUUCGCCUGAGGAAGUUAAGAGAACAGCACAAGGAAUUCUCAAGAGAGGAUGUGAGUCUGUAUUUCAACGUUUAUUCGGAGAAUAUAUUGCGGACGAAAUCAUCCAAGCUCGUGAACAGGGAGCUUCUACGGCCGAACUUGACGAGAAAAUAAACACAGCCUUAGGGCACAUUAAAAAUGCAAAAAAGAGGAGAGAGGCGACCCGUUUCGCUGCUACAUGCCGUCGAAUAUUUACUAUGAUUGAACGACGUCGCAGAGCUGCUACCCCAAUAGAAGAACAAACUCUGGAGGAACUUUUCUCUUCCCAUUUAAGUUGGCUAACUGAAGCACAGCAAGAGGAAUUGAGGAGGAUUAGGGAUGAAGGCUUUGGGCGAACUGAAAUGCAAGAACGCGUAGUCGAGUGGUUGGGGGAGCUGUCAGGGCAUGAACGUGCAAACGCUAUGGAGCAGUUGAGAGAAGGUUGCACUCUGCUUCUCUUCCAAGUUUAUGGAAAAGAUAAGGCCAACGACCUAAUAAAGCUGAAAAAUCAAGGCGCUCCAAAACACGAAAUUGCCUUACGCCUUGUUGACGAAGAACAGAAGCAAUCUAAAGCUUUUGGGCCUGUUUGCAGACAUUUCUUUAUCGAGGGGAAUUAUUAA